UUCCGAGGCAGGCAGAAGAUGUACGGUAUUCCCUAGACUGAUUAUUAUCGAAACCGCGCUUUCUUCUGCACUUUUCAAUAUCUUUGUUUGUUAUAUUUGUUAAAACUUGAAACUAACACAGUGAGAAAAAAUCAGUCUCAUUCUUCACGGACAAGAAGAAGAGAAGAGAAGAAAAAACAUCUCUUUCAUUUCAGAUCCAUUUUUACUUAUUUCUUUAAUCUAUCCUUCUAAUCCCUUCUUCUUUGAUAAUCUCUCCUUCAAAAUCAUUGUUUUUCUUGGGGAUUCAGAAAAAUCAAUUCUGAGUUUUCGAGGCAUUUCGGAAUCCGUCGAAAAAACACAAAAUCAGUUGGUGUUUGGUCUUUAUAUUGAGGUUUCAGAUAAUUUCAUUUGGCUGUUGGUGUUUGAUUCCAACGUUUUCUGUUUAAAAUGAUUUCUUCAUUUAAGCAAUCUGCAGCUAUUUCUAGUUCUGCUUCUGGUAUAAUUCGAAAGAAUUCAAAUGCUAUUUCAAAACCGCGACUUUCAUUGUUUCUAUCCAUGCCGAUUAAAAAAGUCUCGAAGUCUAAAACCUCUGCUUUGACAUCUCAAAAACCUCUUUAUAUUUCAUCUGAAGGUUUUGCUUCUUUUGAGAAAUCUAAACCUAAAAAUGCAAAUUUUGAGUGCAAAGCUUAUGAGGCUGAUAGAUCACAACCAAUGGAUGCAAACAUUGAAUUCCCGGAUCAACAAACAAGAUCAGCAGCAGCUCAGAAGGCUAAAAUUAGUAUAUAUUUUGCCACAUGGUGGGCUUUGAAUGUGGUGUUCAAUAUCUAUAACAAGAAAGUUCUUAAUGCUUUUCCUUACCCAUGGCUCACAUCUCUUCUAUCUCUUGCUGCUGGUUCUUUGAUGAUGUUGAUUUCAUGGGCAACUAGAAUUGCUGAACCUCCUGAAACUGAUUUACAAUUCUGGAAAACCCUUUUACCGGUUGCUGUUGCUCAUACAAUUGGCCAUGUAGCUGCAACAGUGAGUAUGUCCAAGGUUGCAGUUUCUUUCACUCACAUCAUUAAAAGUGGUGAGCCUGCUUUUAGUGUGUUGGUUUCAAGGUUUAUAAUGGGGGAGACGUUCCCUAUGCCGGUUUAUCUUUCACUUCUCCCAAUUAUUGGAGGUUGCGGUCUUGCUGCUCUCACUGAGCUCAAUUUUAACAUGAUUGGAUUUAUGGGUGCUAUGAUAUCAAACUUGGCGUUUGUGUUCCGAAACAUAUUCUCGAAGAAAGGUAUGACAGGGAAAUCCGCAAGCAAGUCAGUUGGUGGGAUGAACUACUACGCUUGUCUGUCGAUGUUGUCGCUCCUAAUUCUCACACCUUUUGCCAUCGCUGUGGAGGGUCCCCAAGUGUGGGCAGCUGGAUGGGAAACAGCCAUCGCUCAGAUUGGUCCCAAUUUUGUUUGGUGGGUAGCAGCGCAAAGUAUUUUCUACCAUUUGUACAAUCAGUUCUCGUACAUGUCCCUAGAUGAGAUAUCCCCCUUGACGUUUAGCAUUGGAAAUACCAUGAAGAGGAUAUCUGUCAUUGUCUCUUCCAUAAUCAUUUUCCGCACGCCUGUUCAAGCCGUAAACGCUCUUGGGGCUGCUAUUGCAAUUCUUGGAACGUUCCUCUACUCCCAGGCGAAACAGUAAAGAGACUUAGUUAGAGGAAUAUACAGUUGAAAUAUAGCAGUUUGAAGUUUAUGAAAUCACAGCGCAAUGGCAAGCAGACCGAGCUCACAAGCACAACCUUUUAGGAAAUGUUUCGCGGCCUGAGAAGGCAUCCAAUUUUGGUCAGUUGGAGCAAUAGACAGCAGUAGUUUUGUUGUAGAUAAUAAUGUCGUUGGAGAACAAUAUUAACAACUAUCAGUUUCCUAGUUCCCACUUAGAACAUAGUUUCAUCCCUUCACCUUUUUAGGUUAGGGUUGUCACAAGGAAGUCUUCUUUUGAAACUGAAAAUAAAGAUGGCCGCAGACUCUUUGUUUACUUUUGAGCCAAACCAUUUUUGGUUUGAAUAAUAAUACAAGGGAAUCUUAUGAUUUCA